AUGGUGCGUGAACAGUACGCUACAACCGCAGAAGGCACCUGCAUAGAGAGGCCAGAGAACCAGUAUAUCUACAAAAUCGGUAUUUAUGGCUGGAGAAAGCGUUGCCUCUACUUAUUUGUUCUCCUUUUACUCAUCAUCCUCCUUGUGAAUUUGGGUCUGACAAUUUGGAUUCUUAAAGUGAUGUGGUUUUCCCCAACAGGAAUGGGUCACUUGGGUGUCACAAAAGAUGGGCUUUGCCUGGAAGGAGAAUCUGAAUUUUUAUUCCCAUUGUAUGCCAAAGAAAUACGCUCAAGAGUGGACUCUUCUCUGCUACUGCAGUCUACUCAGAAUGUGACUGUAAGUGCACGAAACUCGGAAGGAAAUGUCACAGGCAGAUUGAAAGUGGGUCCCAAAAUGGUAGAAGUCCAGAGUCAACAGUUUCAGAUCAAAUCCAAGGAAGGCAAGCCACUGUUUACUGUAGAUGAGGAGGAAGCUGUGGUUGGUACAGAUAGACUUCGAGUCACUGCCAAGGAUCCAAGAUUAGAAUCCCCCACGCGGAGUCUGAGCAUGGACGCCCCAAAGGGUGUUCAUAUUAAAGCUCAUGCUGGGAAAAUCGAGGCCCUUUCUCAAAUGGAUAUUACUUUUCAUAGUAGUGAUGGAAUGCUUGUGCUCGAUGCUGAAACUGUGUGUUUACCCAAGUUGGUUCAGGGGACUCAGGGUCCUGCUAGCAGCUCACAAAGACUCUAUGAAAUUUGUGUGUGUCCAGAUGGGAAGCUUUACCUGUCGGUGGCUGGCGUGGGUACCACGUGCCAUGAAAACAGCCACGUCUGUCUCUAAACCACCCACAUCUUCCAUGCAGCACCUGCCUCAUUUCAGGGAACUUGACAGGGCUGACCUCCAGCCUUCAUACUUAGAACGAUUGAACGUGAUUUAAAACUGAGAUGGCGGAUGGAAGCAGGACACACGUUCAGAAGGAACUCAGAAAGAAAAAUGUACCAAUGAAAGUGUUCGGAUAAAUGAUGUGUGAAUGUUAGACACAAGUCAAAGAAAUAUCAACAGAAUGUGUUUAUUCCACUAAAUUGAUUAAUUUUCAUCAGAACCAUGUGACUUUUCUUUUCAUUUCUUGUACAUGUCAAUCUACAAUGAAAUAUUGAACUGCUGUAUGGAACUAAUUUAUGAUGGUCAGCUGUGGAUAUCUAACUACCCAUAAAAGUAGCAUUGGUCAAUACUAAAGUAGCCCUAAAGUUCUGUGAGGUGUUGCCAUUAUAUCACCCAAACCUGUGAGUUCUCCAUUUUAAUGCAAAGUAUGUCAGGUUUCACAAGAAAAUCUUUAGGUUUUAAAGGGACUUUGAGGUUGAUCUGAUUUGCAAUAUGUAUUCAAAGGAAUAAAUUAUACAAAAUUAA